CUACCACAACCUCAGGAAAGCUCAAGCCAACCUAGCAUUUCCUCUCUCUCUCUCUCUCUCUCUCUCUCUCAAGAAUUAGUUCUUGUUUGCUCCAAACAAUACUUCCUUUCAAUAAUUCACUAUAAACCCAUUUUCCAUUCCCCUUCUCUACCCAACCUCUUUUCUAAGUUUUUCAUAAAAACCAACCACCAUGGAGAACAACAAACACCAUCAAAACGGCGUCGCUUCACCCGGUUUCUGCCUACAAGACCCCUUGAACUGGGGGGCAGCGGCGGAGUCACUGAAGGGCAGCCAUUUGGACGAAGUGAAGCGGAUGGUGGCGGAGUUCCGGAAGCCGGUGGUUAGGCUCGGCGGCGAGACCUUGACGAUAUCUCAGGUGGCGGCGAUCGCCGCCCGUGGCGGUGAUGUGACAGUGGAGCUUUCGGAGACGGCGAGGGAAGGAGUGAAGGCUAGCAGUGAUUGGGUUAUGGAGAGCAUGAACAAAGGGACUGAUAGUUAUGGUGUUACUACUGGUUUUGGUGCUACUUCUCAUAGGAGGACUAAACAAGGAGGUGCUCUUCAAAAGGAGCUUAUUAGGUUCUUAAAUGCUGGAAUAUUUGGCAAUGGAGUAGAGUCUGGCCACACAUUACCACAUUCAGCAACAAGAGCCGCCAUGCUCGUAAGGAUCAACACCCUCCUCCAAGGCUACUCCGGCAUUAGAUUUGAAAUUCUAGAAGCCAUUACCAAAUUUCUCAACAAGGACAUCACUCCAUGCCUCCCGUUGCGCGGCACGAUAACCGCCUCUGGUGACCUCGUCCCCUUAUCUUACAUUGCUGGGCUUCUGACCGGUCGUCCCAAUUCCAAGGCAGUCGGACCCACCGGAGAAACUCUCCGCCCUGAUGAAGCCUUCUGCCUGGCCGGGGUCGAGGGAGGGUUUUUCGAGUUACAACCAAAAGAAGGCCUUGCACUUGUCAAUGGCACAGCUGUCGGUUCUGGUCUCGCUUCUAUGGUUCUUUUUGAGGCUAACGUACUCGCCGUGUUGUCAGAAGUUUUGUCAGCGAUUUUCGCCGAAGUCAUGCAAGGAAAACCUGAAUUCACUGACCAUUUGACACACAAAUUGAAGCACCAUCCAGGCCAAAUUGAAGCUGCAGCCAUUAUGGAACACAUUUUGGAUGGUUCUUCUUAUGUCAAGGCAGCUCAAAAACUACAUGAAAUGGACCCAUUGCAAAAACCAAAACAGGACAGGUAUGCCCUUAGAACAUCACCACAAUGGCUAGGACCACUUAUUGAAGUAAUCCGAUCAUCGACAAAGUCGAUUGAAAGAGAGAUCAACUCUGUCAAUGACAACCCCUUAAUCGAUGUUUCGCGGAACAAGGCCUUACAUGGUGGCAAUUUCCAAGGUACCCCAAUUGGAGUGUCCAUGGACAAUACCCGUUUGGCUGUAGCAGCGAUAGGAAAGCUCAUGUUUGCCCAAUUUUCUGAGCUUGUCAAUGACUUGUACAACAAUGGGUUGCCAUCGAAUCUUACAGGAGGGCGCAAUCCGAGCUUGGAUUAUGGUUUCAAGGGAGCAGAGAUAGCCAUGGCCUCGUAUUGCUCAGAACUCCAGUUCCUUGCCAAUCCUGUAACCAAUCAUGUCCAAAGCGCCGAGCAACAUAACCAAGAUGUGAACUCCUUAGGCCUAAUCUCUUCAAGAAAAACCGCUGAAGCUAUUGAUAUCUUGAAGCUCAUGUCCUCUACAUAUCUAGUGGCACUAUGUCAAGCCAUAGAUUUGAGGCAUUUGGAGGAGAAUUUGAGGAACACUGUCAAGAACAGUGUUAGCCAAGUCGCCAAACGCACUCUAACGAUGGGUGUUAAUGGGGAACUUCACCCUUCAAGAUUUUGUGAAAAGGAAUUGCUUCGAGUGGUGGAUCGCGAACACGUGUUUGCGUACAUUGACGAUCCCUGCAGCGCAACCUACCCCUUGAUGCAAAAAUUGAGACAAGUCCUUGUUGAGCACGCCUUGAAAAAUGGCGACGCUGAGAAGAAUGUGAGCACUUCGAUCUUCCAAAAGAUCAGAGCGUUUGAGGAGGAACUUAUGGCAUUGUUGCCUAAAGAGGUGGAGAGUGCACGAAGAGGGCGGUUUGAGAGUGGGAAUCCGGGAAUUCCAAACCGGAUUAAGGAGUGCCGGUCCUAUCCACUAUACAAGUUUGUGAGGGAGGAAUUGGGAACUGGUUUUCUGACCGGAGAGAAGGCGUUGUCGCCUGGAGAGGAGUUUGACAAGGUCUUCACAGCAAUGUGUGAGGGACAAGUGAUUGAUCCAUUGUUGGAUUGUCUCAAGAGUUGGAAUGGCGCUCCUCUUCCAAUCUGUUAAAGCAAUGUACUACAUUGGAUUUUCUAUUUUUAUUUUUUGGUUUUUGUAGCUUGUCUUAAAUUUUAUUUUAUGAUCACGUAGUUCAAUUCAAUGGGAUUGUAUUGAUUAUGAUGUAAAACUCUGUUAUGUCUAUGUUUCUACCUUUAUACAACAAUCAAUGGAAUGUCAAAGUUGUUGGUGACUA